AUGGCUUCAGAAGAUCUACCACAGGAAGUCCGGAUAACUGUACUUGCUGCAAACUCUCUCGCGAAACGUGAUGUAUUCAGUCUACCAGACCCUUUCGCAGUAGUUUCCGUAGGCGCAGACCAAACGUAUACCACUGCUACCAUCAAGAGGUCCCUCAGUCCAACAUGGAAUCAGUAUUUUGACAUCACAGUCCGACCAUCAUCUUCUGUAACUAUACAAAUAUUCGACCAGCGUAGGUUUAGGCGGCGUGAUCAAGGGUUUCUUGGACUGGUGAAGCUGGAGGGACAGGAAGUCAUUGAUCAUUCUUUGAGUGGGCACGCUUUGAUUAGUAGAAAUCUUACUACAUCGUCCGGUGGUGCGGUUGUAUACGGAAAGAUGCUGUUUUCGUUCUCGAUUCCACUAGUUCAGAGCGUUCAGCAAGACAUCGAUGAUGCCAUAAAUAGUUCACUCCCAGCUCUGCAGUUGUCCGACCUUACUCCACAGGCACCAAAUCAGAGAGCCAGUACUCUGUCGUCCCGCAGCGAUUCCUCUUCACGGCAACCCACCAUACCUCGUAUAGCGUCUUCCGUCUCUCCCCUCAACAGUAAUCUAGCACACGCUUCAUCGAGCAACUCUGGGUCUACACAUCUUCGGUCAGCUUCUGUUACCCCAUCAAUCCCUCAUUCUCCAUUGGAUAAUACGGCACCUUUGGUGCCGAGAGUGUCUUCCAGAUCCACACUUUCCAGCCCGACUUCUCUCGGCCCUCAGGCAGGUCCCGAGGCUAACAGAGAACCUGUUGCCGACACAGAGAAUGCAGCCCCCCUACCUCCAGGUUGGGAACGUCGUCUUGAUGAGCGGAGUAGGCCGUAUUAUGUUGAUCAUAACACACGCACGACAUCGUGGAUCCGACCUGCAGGUGUGCAGCCUCAACCUCAGCAGCCUAUUCCUACCACACCAUCGAAUAGCUUUAUUCAGCCCUUCAACAUUCCUAGCAAUGAUGGGAGCCAAACCUACGUAGACAUACCACUACCGCAGGGAUGGGAGGAACGUCGCACACCGGAGGGUAGACCGUACUUCGUCGAUCAUCGUACACGAUCCACUACGUGGACGGACCCGCGUACAGCACAUGUCAACCCUGCUGUAACCGCCUCAACUAAUGCUAAUCUGGGCCUCCUCCCAUCUGGAUGGGAAAUGCGCAUGACCUCCACAGGCAGAGUAUACUACGUUGAUCACAACACUCGUACAACGACGUGGGAUGAUCCAAGACUCCCAUCAAACGUUGACUCCAAUGCACCACAGUACAAACGCGAUUAUCGUAGGAAGGUCGUAUAUUUCCGCAGCCAGCCAGCCAUGAGAGUGAAGGAGGGUAAAUGCGAAAUGAAACUCAGACGAGGGAGGAUACUGGAAGACAGUUUCUCAGCAGUCAUGAAGAUGAGCGGGAAUGACUUGAAGAAGAGGCUUGUUAUCAAAUUUGAGGGAGAAGAUGGUCUGGACUACGGAGGUGUCUCAAGAGAAUGGUUCUUCCUGCUCUCGCAUGAAAUAUUCAACCCAUCUUACGGUCUUUUUGAAUACUCCGCGCAUGAUAAUUAUACAUUGCAGAUCAACUGGUCAUCAGGAAUUAACCCUGAACACUUGACAUACUUCAAAUUUAUUGGAAGAUGUCUGGGUAUGGCCAUAUUCCACCGGCGUUUCUUGGACGCCUACUUCGUCUCUAGCUUCUAUAAGAUGAUUCUUGCUAAGAAAGCUACUCUUGCGGAUCUGGAGGGUGUGGACGCGGACUUGCACAGGGGUCUAGUCUGGAUGCUUGAUAAUGAUAUUACCGAUGUCUUAGACGAAACAUUCAGUACUACCGAAGAUCGAUUUGGAGAAAUUGUGACCGUGGAACUCAAGCCAGGCGGAGCGGAUAUACCCGUUACAGAAGAUAACAAGAAGGAAUAUGUUGAAGCAGUAGUGCUGUACAGAACGAUGACCAGAGUCAAAGAACAGUUCGAUGCUUUCUCAGAAGGUUUCAAGGAACUCAUCCCUCAGGAGUUGAUUGAUGUCUUUGAUGAACGUGAACUAGAGUUGCUUAUAGGUGGAAUGUCUGAGAUAGACAUGGAUGACUGGACAAAGUUCACAGAUUAUCGUGGUUACGAGAAGUCAGAUCAGGUGAUCGAGUGGUUCUGGCAAUGCAUUCGCAGCUGGCCAGCUGAGCGCAAGUCACGGUUACUUCAAUUCGCUACUGGUACCUCGAGGGUACCUGUCAAUGGUUUCAAAGAUUUGCAAGGCUCGGAUGGCCCCCGAAGAUUUACUAUCGAGAAGUUCGGCGAUGCUUCACAACUACCUAGGAGUCAUACUUGUUUCAACAGGAUUGAUCUUCCACCGUACGAGGAUUAUGAGAGUUUAGAACAGAAGCUCACAUUUGCAAUCGAGGAAACUGAAGGAUUUGGUGUGGAGUAA